AAGUAGAUGAAGGCAGAGAGAGAGAGAGAGAGAGAGAGAGUGCCUCUCAAAUAGCAUGGAGGUACAGCUCCUGCUAAAGUCUGAGUUUAUCUAGCCUUUCCAUUCUGUUAGCAUCUGAGGAUUUAAGGGGUGAGGGAUUAGGAGACCCCCAGAGAGUCAAGAGUUGUGGGGGAAGGGCAAGCAAGCCCUGUGGAUGCCGAUUCUCUGCAGAAUGUGUUUAACUCCUGAGCCGAUUAAGGGCUUGGCUUAUCCCUGCCUAGACCCCGCACAAGCAUAUCUCAGUUUUCUUUCCAGAGAGGCUGUCUUUUUCCUCCCUGCACCAGCCAGCCAUCUUCUGAGGCCGUGGUUUCAAAUAAAGGUUGGAGCCAUUUUAGUUUGAAAAAUGGAAAUGGACUGCCUUCAAGUCAAUCCCGAUUUAUGGCGACCCUAUGAAUAGGGAUUUCAUGGAACAAAGCUGUUUGGAUGGGAAACCUGUUGGCUCCAGGUUCAGAAAGCCAUGACUGUUUGGUUACUUGAGUGGGCUUCUCUACCCAAUGCACAUGGUGGGAGAUGUGAGGUAGCCUGAGAUACUGUUUACAGCUAGAGAGUGGACUUUUCUUUUACCUGAUUUGAGGUGUAAAACACGGAAUUUUGACGGGUAGCCCAGGCUUGAGCAUCUGCAUUGAGAGACAGCCAACCUGAGAAAGACAAGAUGGCGGAUGUGGACCUCCUUAUGAGGAAAUAAAUUGAGAUCCACACCUUGUGGAAAUGGAGGAACAAGCCCGAAAAGGAUCCGAAUCAGGAGGAGGAACUGGGGGAUCAGGAAGAGCCAAGUUUCUGGUCCAGUCUAGUAGUGCCCAGGAUCUGUCCCGAUGGACAACACCACGCCAGGAAGCGAUACCCCAACGCUUGGAAGCCCAGUGGCAAGAGUACUUGAAAACAGUGCAGUACGCUUCUUCAGGAUGGGGAACAACACCGCGGCCAGACUUGACUUCAUGGGAUGCCUUGGCCACCUUUGACCGUGUGGUUGGUGCCUGCCAGUGGUCUAGAGAAGGGAUGAGCCGCCUCAUGCCCUCUCUCAGUGCUGAAGCCCAGCAGGCCUUGAGCAGCCUGAAUACCAGAGACAAAGGGGACCACGGGAAGGUGAAAGCUACUGCCCUGCAGGACAGCUCCAGCGUCGCUGAGACCCAGCGCCAGCGCUUCCGCCAGUUCCACUACCAGGAGGCCGAGGGGCCUCGCAAGGUCUGUAGCCGGUUACGGGAACUCUGUCAUCGCUGGUUGGAACCGGAGAGUCGCACAAAAGAGCAGAUCCUGGAGCUGCUGAUCCUGGAGCAGUUUUUGACUGUCCUGCCGAAGGAAAUCCAGAACCGGGUCCGAGAACGUGGCCCCGAGACCUGCGCCCAGGCGGUAGCCCUGGCAGAAGGUUUCCUUCUGCGGCAGCAAGAGAGCUUGCAAAGUGAACCACAGGGCUCUUGCUCAUUUCAGGGGACAGCCAUGAAUCUCUCUGAAGGCCAGCGGGCUGCGUCUGAUGCCAGACAGGGGCAUCUUGCCACGGAGGCCAGGCAGCAGGAUAACGGGAAAAACAACUUGCUGGGUGCCAAGUUUACAAACAGAACUAGUGGUCCAUUUCAGCAUCAAGGGGCCAAGGAAGAGGGAGCAUGUGCUACUCCCGGGAUGACUCCCAGGAAGGAGAAAUCUCACAUCUGUAUUGAUUGUGGAAAAUGCUUUGCACGUCCAUCUGAUCUGGCUAAGCAUGAGAACAUCCACACAGGCGCAAAGCCCUUUCGUUGCAUGGAGUGCGGAACAAGAUUUAGUCAGUUGUCUCACCUGACCAGACACCAGAGGGUUCACACAGGGGAAAAACCACACAUGUGCACUGAAUGUGGUGCAUCGUUUGCCCAGCGAGCUUCUCUGGUUAGUCACCAAAGAGUCCACUCGGGAGAGCAGCCCUAUCGCUGUUCUCACUGCCAGCAGUGCUUCAGCCACCAGUCAGCGCUGAAGGUCCAUGAACGUAUCCACACGGGCCAGAAGCCCUACAUCUGUCUGGAAUGCGGGAAAAGGUUUGUCUCCUCCUCCACACUCAAAAUACACAAGAGAAUCCAUACAGGAGAGAAGCCGUUUUCCUGUGCCGAAUGCGGGAAACGAUUCAUUCAGCGCUCCAAUCUUAUUUCGCACCAGCGAACGCAUUCUGGAGAAAGGCCAUUUUGCUGCGGUGUGUGCGGAAGAAGGUUUAGCUAUCCAUCGGACCUGACCAGGCAUCAGAAAAUCCACACAGGAGAGAAGCCGUUUCCCUGUGACGAGUGUGAGAGGAGGUUCACUAGGUUCUCCGAUCUUCUCAUACACCGGAGAAUCCACACCGGGGAGCGGCCGUAUCGCUGCCUUGAGUGCGGAAGAAGAUUUAGGCAGAAGAGUGCCUUGGUAACACAUCAGAGAAUCCACACAAAAGAAAAGGCUGCAGAAAACAGCAAGCCUUUAUCCACAGAGUCACAGGCAAAUAGCCAACUGAAAGUUAGUGAGACUGAAGACAAGAUAGACAUUCCAGAUAAAGAAAAAGAACGAAAAGGAUGCAUCAGGAACCUAGAAAGUACCAGUCUCGCCUUCUCUUCCCAGCUCCUGACCCAUCACUCCCUCUCAGCCUUACUAAGGGAGGGAAACUCUAGAGGCUGCGAAGAGGUUUCAUCUUGGUCUGGUAGGUCCCAUUCCUCCUCCAACACUGACCCCUCUCAAGAAUAUACUUUGAUUGACUUUUUGGGGAAGAAUUUAGGGUGGGAAUAAUUUGGCUCAUCCUUACCCCCAGUGAUUUUGCUACCGUGACAGAUUAUUGGGGCAUUUGGAAAAUAUCGCUUUGCCCUACAGUGACUAGAAAACGAAUUCCAGGCCCAGUUCCUUGCUUUCUUCCCAUUUUAUCCUGAGAAGUCAGAGCAAACCUUGUUCAGAGAAAGUCGCUGGCUCUGCCGAUAAGACAAGUGGGAAGUUUGUUCAGAAGAAGUCACUGGCUCUGAUCAUAAUGCAAAUGGGAGAUAGCUCCAUGUGCUGUCCUAACUGUUCCAAGGGUGGAGCUGCAGCAGAGGCCUCCAGUGAAGAUGGGAGCCUUGGGGCUGAUCUGUGCCAUUAUGUUUCUCUGCUGAUUAAGUAAGAUCUUUGUGAAAAAUAGAGAUUAAGGGUGUGUCCACAAGUGUUCUCCAUCUUGGGUUUCUUGGCACACAGUUGAACAUUCAGGAAGGAGGAGCCUCAUGCUCCAAGUCAGAAGAUGGUUUUGUCAUCAUGUGUUCCAUGUGAGUUUAGCAGUCCAAAAAGCAAUCCAAAUUCAUAUAGAAAAUUUCAUUUCUUCUUGUAAUGAACAUCUACUGACAAGCUCUGGUUGAAAUUGAGAUGUGCCCAAGGGGCCCUGCUAAGGAUCACCUCUCAUCUGUACUCCCCAUUGGUUUUCAUUGAGAGCCUGGGGAUGGAUUGUGGUUCAGGACAAUGUGAACAUUUACUGAUUGGGGGUGGGUGGGGAGUGGGCUCUUGCCGGAGGCAGGGUGGGAUAUAAAUCAAAUCAUAAAUAAAUAAUAAAUAUAUAAGCCCAGGGACUCUUGCUUCUGGGCAGUUCAUGGUUUCCAAAGCUGCACGUGUCCAGUCUCCAUAUGCGAGGAGCAGGUGAAUCUUUUUCCAUUAAUGUGACUUGUCUUUUUGUUAGUUACAUGUGACCAUUUUUAGUUCAAAGUGAUAUGGCAGUUAUUGUGUAUAUGUAUCUAUCUUAUUUUGGAUGGAAUGUACAUGGGAUGCAUGUCUACUUGACAGUGCAUCCCAUUAAGUUCCAUAGGCCUUACUCCAAGUUAAGGGGGUCCAGGAUUGUAGCCACAGGGUAGGAGUUGGCCUGAGUGUGUGUGAGAGAGAGAGAGAGCAGAGGAAGCAAUAUGGAGGUAGUUGGUAAUGGCCCAACCCAUUUGGGAAUUGUCAUAUCCAGUAUUUAAAAUGGGCAUGUCUUUAUAUAGUGAUGGGCACACAAAAAGCAUCAGACAAGGGGCUGCAACUUUUAUCUGUAUGAAAUAGGUAAUUUAAGGUCAACUCUGUUGGGUGACAGAUGCAUUUCUCUUCACCUGUUAGCAUUGUCAAAGGUGACCUAUGUGCAUUUGUGGGACAGGAGCACUGCAUAGCCCCAUGUACUAGAUGUGGUGUCCUACUCCCCCCCCCACACACACACAAGCAAACACAGGGAGAUCUAUAUGUGGCACCUUGUUUGCAUAUCUGAAUUCCUAUUGGUGGAUCAGGGCAAAUGAUUCAUAUUGAGACAUCUGUAUACCAAGAUCAUCCAUGCACCACUAAGCAUCACUUGAAAACUAAUAAUAAUGGCAACUUUCUAAUACUGCAACAGAAGGGAAAGUGUCAGAAACAACAUCAGAGGUGAUAUCUGGGAGAUUCUGUUUAAAAGUCCAGCUGUGUGCACAUGCCUCAUGCAUAUGGGUAAUGGGGCUCAUUGGAUUAGCAGCAUUAGGCACAAUCUGAAACUGGUCUGCAUGUUCAGUUCCCUGGCUCUUGCACUGAAUUGGCAAACCACUUUUAAAAAAAAUAGAAUUUGAAAACUGGUUCUAAAAUUUAGUGGGGAAAUCGACUGAACAGAACCCAGAUUGAAAGUACUUCCUGUCCAACUCUCUCCCACUCCCUCCCCAAUGGGCCUGGCAUAUGGGUACCUCUGCCAAAAGUGAACAAAAGUGUUUUAAAUUGGCAGCUUUUAAGUUUAGUUUGUAAAUAAUAAUAAAAGCCAAUGUUUAGUUACCCAGCUGGAGUUCUUGUUCCCUGUUUUCAGCACCAUUGCUGACUUGAGCGCUGAAAAAGUUUGUGCAUUGUGAGAACAGAAAUAGUUAAGGAACGUCUUGAAGAAAUAUACCUUCCAGAGGGCUGUAACAUAUUUGGACAGCCCAAUCGCUUACUCAGAAGUAAACUGGAAACUUAGUUCCACGUAAUUUGCUGAACUCCAACUCCCAUCAUUCCCAGUAAUUGCCACCCUGGACUCCUACUGGGAGAAAGGGCAGGAUAUAAAUUUAAUAAAUAAAUAAAUAGUAGUUGCUGGGACUGAUGGGAGUUGUAGUUCAGUAACAUGCCCACACCUGACCUAAGGCAACAACUGUGCAAAGGGGGAGUUGUGUUUGUGUCUGAAGUGACAGUUUUAUGUGUGCUCAAUAUAUGCCUGUCAGCUGAACAUGCCAAUUCAUGCUGGCAUGGGCUCUUGUUGACAUAUGCUCAUGCUCUAGUAAAUUUGUUUUAGUAUUUUAAGGUGUCACAAGACGCAUUGUGUUUGCUAAGGCAAUUCAAGUUAAGCAUUUUAAAUCCUACUCAGUGCUAAGCAAAAAAUUUAAAACAAUCUAUGCAUAUUUACUCUGCAGUUUUCAAUGGAAUUUAUUCCCAAGUAUGUAUGGGUAGGAUUUAGCUGAAAUAGCUUUUUUUGACGGCAGUGAGACUUUACAGUGUCAAUCCUAUAUUGACAUCCUGUGAAUAAGCCCUAUUGAGCACAAUUGGAUUUAUUUCUGAGUAGACAUUUAUAGGAUUGUACUGUAAAUGUGCUUAACAUUGGCUGGACUCUUUACUUCCUAGAAUCCAGCAUUAAAAUUUUGCAUUAGCUCCAGAUCAAACUGGAAAAAUGCACAUUUUAGAUUUUUAGGUGACAGCACUGUAAUUUUUUUUAGGAGGCUGAAUUAUCACAAUCUGGGAUAUUUCCAGCUGGGUCCCUUGGGGCCCCAACCUUCCCCAGGCCCCGGCACACACACGCACGUUCUACCUACCUACCUUUCCCUUGAUGAAUGCUGCCUGCGCUAUGCGUGCAUGCAUGCCAUCAGCCAAGAUGGCGUCCGAGGUUUCCCUAAGGGGCUGAUUCAUCUGCCGCUGUCUUUGGUUGAUGGUAUGCAUGUGUACUACACAUGCACAUCCCUGCCAUCAACCAAGAUUGCGACGGGGCAUUAGCCCCUUAGGGAAAUGUCAGCUGCCGUCUUAGCUGAUGGCAGGCUUGCGCCCGCAGCACAAUCCACAUUUACAUCAAGGGAGAGGUAGGUGGGGCAUGCAUGUGGGCAUCGGCCUGCAUGGCAGAGGGGAAGGUGCCUGGGAGCUCUCCCUUGCGAUCUGCAGCAGGGUCGGGAGCCAACACUGCCGCACAUUGCGGCAGGGAGUACUAGCCACCAACCAUAAGGAGGGGCCCUUCAGGGGUCUGUUGGCUGCCCUCUGGCGCUGGCCCUGUUUCCACAAAUACCCUUUACUUAUGAAUUAUCAGGUCCUUUAAAAUAAAAAUGACUGGCUUGGAGGAGGAGAAAGAGAAGAGGUGAAACUGACUGGCAAGAGGAGGGGGUGCUGGUUUUGGCAGAAAAAUAAUUGCAGAGUCAUACAGAGUGUCCACAAAUUCUUGGAAUCGCUGUGGGGCAUGGUUAAUUGCCAUUGGUAUAAGUGCUGUGUUUUUAAACAGUCUGUUGUGAUCUUAGGCUUUAUUUCAAUGAUUAAACUCGUUUGGUUUACACAGAAA